AUGCCUCCGCUGUCGGUGCAAGAGCUACUUGCACAGCGGGCCCAGCAGGGCCAAGGGGAUGUGCGGCCUAAGUUUGUGAGCAAAAGAGAGCGAGAGGCACACAAGCAGGCGGAGCAGAAAGCGGAGAAGGAAAAAGAGGCAGCGUUACAUGCUCGUUUGAAGCGAGCGCGUGUGGAGUGGGAAUCGCAGGCGUCCACUGCGUCCACGUCGUCCUCGCCUGCGCAUGAGAGUGAAGAUGAACACAAAGAAGCACAAUUGAUCAAGCAGAGAUACCUGGGAACGCGGCCUUCGUCCGUACCGCGACGACAGCGCCGCGCAGGCGACGCUCAUGCCAAACGCUUCCAAUUUGAAUGGAGCGCAGAGGAUGAUACCAGUGACCCUACCUUGGCCACUCUACCUGAAUCUUCGGCUGUUCUACGUGGACGUGCUGGCCUAGAUGGCUCUGAGCGGAGCGAGAGUGGUCGAAGUCGGAUGCGAGCUACGUUGGCGGAAAAGCCAUGGUCCGAGAAGACGCUGGAGGAAAUGCGUGCGCGCGACUGGCGCAUCUUCCGUGAAGACUUCCAAAUUCAAGUACGUGGUGGUGGCGAUAUUCCCUAUCCGCUACGUUCAUGGAAAGAAUCAGCUAUUCCCUCUGCCGUGUUGGAGGCGAUUGACACGAUGGGCUACCGGGAGCCGACGCCUAUUCAGCGGCAGGCCAUUCCCAUUGGACUACUUCCUCGUGACCUGAUCGGUAUUGCAGAGACGGGUUCCGGUAAGACUGCCUCCUUUGUCGUGCCGAUGCUAGCGCAUUGCAUGCGGCAGCCGCCUAUGAACGACGAUACGCGGCACAUGGGCCCCCAUGCCCUGAUUCUUGCGCCUACACGUGAAUUGGCGCAGCAAAUUGAGGGCGAGACGCGCAAAUUUGCCUCGCGACUGGGGUGCCAAGUUGUGUCCUUGGUCGGUGGGCGUGACUUGACGGAGCAGGCGUUCCAUCUGAGUGAGGGCGCCGAGAUUGUGAUUGCGACGCCUGGUCGUUUGCAAGACUGCUUAGAGCGACAUACCCUUGUGUUAAGUCAAUGUCAUUUCCUGGUCAUGGACGAAGCAGAUCGCAUGGUUGACAUGAACUACGAAGAUGCCUUGCACUAUAUCCUGGCCUGCUUGCCAUCGGCUGAGCAUGGUCGUACGACGAUGCUGUACUCGGCGACGAUGCCGCCGACGGUGGAGCGAAUUGCGCGCACCUAUCUGCAAAACCCUGCCACUGUGGUCAUCGGCCAAGCUGGUCAGGCUGUCGGGACCGUGGAGCAGCGUGUGGAGUUUGUGGAUUCGGACGAGCAACGUACGAAGCGGCUCUUGCAAGUGCUCGACAGUGGCUUUGCCCCGCCUAUGAUUGUGUUUGUGAACCAAAAAGCGCAUGUCGAUGUAGUCAGCCGCGAUUUGCGUCGUGCUGGCUGGCAUGUAGCGAUGCUCCAUUCCGGUCUUUCGCAGCCGCAACGUGAAGCGUCCAUUGAGUCGUUGCGGGAUGGGCGGAACGAAGUAUUGUGUUGCACAGAUAUCGGCGCGCGUGGUAUUGAUUUGCCGGAUGUGUCGUUGGUCGUCAAUGUGCAUUUCCCGACGAAUUUCCCAUCGUACAUCCAUCGUAUUGGUCGUACGGGCCGUGCUGGCAAGAAGGGUUGUGCCAUGACGUUUAUCGACGAGAACGAUGCCGAGCACUUUUACGAGCUGCGGCAGGCGCUUUCCAAGUCGCCCCUUUCGCGUGUUCCUACCGAACUUGCCCAGCACCCUGCUGCGCUGCAGCGUCCUGCACGUGCUACGUCGGACGGGGCGAAAUAA